AACAAAAGGUGGGGGGUGGUAAAGCUUGAAGAACAUCUAGAGAGAGAAAAACAAAAAACAAAAUAAUUAAAUUAAAUUAAAUUAAAAAAUGGGCAAAAUAACCACCGGAGCUCCACCACCAGCACCACCACCACCGGCGGCAGCUAAACCCAAGAAAAAAGGCCGGCCACCAAAUACAGAUCUUAAGAAACAAAAACAAAAAAACCACAACCACCACCACCACCGUAGAUCCACUCGCCGGAACCCUAAUUCAACCACCACGGCCGCCGUCAAUACUUCCGGUGACGAUGAAGAAGAGUAUUACGAUGACGACGAUGAUGAAAGAGAAGAAAAAAAAGUUAAGCUUGUUGUUCGAUUACCUCAAUUGGAUUCAAAUUCGGGUUUAAUUCGAUCCAAUUCGAUUAAUUCGGGUUCGGAUUCUAAUCCGGAUCAUGUUCAUUCUGGAUCUGGACCUCCUAUCGCUAUACAAAAUCAGGGCGAAAAGGUUCCGAAAGCGAUGGACACUCCUCAUGGAUCGCCAUUGGAAGCUGGUGGACCCACAACAACACCUUUGCCAGAUAAAAAGUUGUUGGUGUUCAUUCUUGACAGACUUCAAAAGAAGGAUACUCAUGCGGUAUUUUCUGAGCCAGUUGAUCCCGAGGAGCUCCCUGAUUACCAUGAAAUUAUUGAGCAACCUAUGGAUUUUGGUACACUCAGGAACAAACUUGAUAAAGGGCUUUAUGCGAAUCUGGAGGAAUUGGAGGCAGAUGUGUAUUUGAUUUGUUCCAACGCAAUGCAGUAUAACCCGUCUGAUACUGUUUUCUUCCGUCAGGCGAGGUCUAUACAAGAGUUGGCCAAAAGGGAUUUUGAAAAUUUGAGGCAAGAGGGUGAAGACGGCGAGCUGCAACCGAAGGUAGUGAAGCGAGGCAGGCCUCCAAGUAAACACCUGAAAAAACCACCUGGCAGAACCUCAUCGGAUGUUGUUGCUGUCCCAGAGUCCACCUCAGGUGCCACUGUAGCAAAUGUUGUAGAAAAUACAAAUGAGUCUACUCCUUACAAUUUAAGACGAGGACCCAUGAUGUACAAGAAUUAUGCUGACAGUGUAUCAUCACAUCGUUCACGCAAUGGCGAACACUCUGAACUUCUAGCAGAUUGGAAUGAAGAGUUUCCAGCUCGUAUUAAGAGGGCUGACAUGAAAUAUGGGAACAAACAUUUUAUUAUAGACGAGACCAGGCGUGACACCUACAAGCAGUUCCAUCCUUCGAAUAAUGUUCACAAUUCUCUUCUAACCAACUUUGGCGGGGAAAGGAAGCAAUUACUAGCGGUAGGUCUUCAUGCUGAGCAUGGUUACUCUAGAAGUCUAGCACGAUUUGCUGCUAAUAUGGGCCCUAUUGUAUGGAAAGUCGCGUCAAAGAAGAUCGAGAAAGCUUUGCCUCCUGGUGUGACAUUUGCUCCUGGUGUUGUUGGUGAACCGGAAGCUUCUCUCCCCCGUACUUCUUUUUUUUCACCGGGUAAUCAAACUUAUACCCCCAGGUUAACCAGUGACAAUGUUCUAAAUAGACCUGAAGCCCCAUCCACAUCAGGACCAAAAAAUGAAGGUUCUGGAAUAAAAGCCAAUAAACUUCUACCCCAAAAUGGUAGAAAUGGUUUCAGUGGUGCUUUCGGAAGUAAUAAUUCCAAAAUGGGAAUGUUACAAGCACAUGGACAUCAACUGACUCACACUAGCGGUGAUGCACAAGGUACAAAAGGUGAAAGUUGCAAUACCGGAAAACCAUCUUGGCAGCAGGUAUCAUCAACAAAUCAUAGACAGUUUACGGUUCCCGUUCCACCUGACCUAAAUGUCGGGAUACAAAUACCAUCUGGCUCACCUGGUUCUGUUGGACCAAGGAUCAGUUCUAUCGGAUCACCUCAGCAGCCUGAUUUAGCAUUGCAACUUUGAUUCUGUAUUGACCGUUGUAUUUGGCAGCACAAAUGCAGUUAAGGAGGUUGCGGGUGGUUAGUUACACUACAUAUGCAAUACAUGGUACUGCUCUUUGCUGCUGGUGAUUCUAUAGUGUAGGAAACUAUUCUGUACAGAUUAAAUGUAACCAUCUCCUUUUUUCCUUUUGAGUUUCAAGCCAAAAUAGUGAAGAAUAUCUUUGUAACUUCGGACUCAAGAUCGAUUGGAGCAUGAUGAAUCUGAAUUAGAAAUAAAACUAGUCAUUGUAUUUUAUGUA